AUGUCUUCCGAGGGGCGAAAGUCGGAAGAGAGGAGGGGAGAUGCAGAGAAUACCACUGGCGGUGGGGGCAAGACUGAGGUCUCUUCACAAACGAGUGCUUUCCAGGCUGCUGUUGCUGCUUGGAGAGAUAUCGAUCUCACAACGCUGCAAAAGAGCCUUGACACUACUGCUGCGGAAAUCGUUGGUUCGCAAAAGGAUGGGCUUAUUCAGCGGAAAGAGCUGGCGCAGAAGACGAAGGAGUACAGGAAGCUUGAUGAGGAGGCUAGAAAGGAGGAGUGGAAGGGGUUAUUGAAAUCAUAUCAAAUGUUCAUCGACCAUUUGAGCACUUCCAAAAAGGCCACCGAGAACUCCUUCCUCUCGGUCUACUCCUCCCUCUCCGAAGCUCCUGACCCAUACCCGCUCCUCGAAGCCACGAUCGAUUCGUUACUCUCCCUGCCCGAUAUGCAAUCCCUCAACCGCGAGAAUUCUUCUUUAAACGUUACGGUCGCUCGGUUGUCCGGACAGGUAUCCAAUCUGGAAGCUUCAAUCCAUGCGAAGAACAAGGAGCUUGAGAAGAGAGAGAAGGAGCGGGAGGAAGAGGUCAAGAAGACCGAAGAGGUCUGGAGAGGAGUUCUCGACGAGAAGACGAGGAAUUGGGAGGGGAAAGAGAAGGCGCUGAUGGAGAAGUUGCGACAUCAGGAGAGUGUGCUUAAGGAGAUUAAGGCGAGCUAUGAGGUUGCGCAGCGCAUGGGAGGCUCUGGUGGGAGAGGCGCCGGUGGCGAAGAGGAUAUGCUUGUCAAGGAGCGCACGGCAGAGUUGGAACUUGUCUCUAGUGAUCUUGAGAGGACUACACUACGGUUGGCGGAGGUGGAGGCUAGAAAUGAACAAUUGAGGGCUGAGCUGGCUAGUGCGAAGGAUGGGAUUAUGGGUGAAGUGGAGGAGAAGAAGGAUGAGGAGGAUCCUGUCAUCGCGCGUCUCCAAGAUCAGAACUCGGAUUUGCUUAGGAAGGUGGAGAAUGCUCGUUCUGAUAGUGAGGGUCUGAAGAGAGAGUGGGAACGGAAGACUAGGACCUUGGAGCGCACAGUUGAAGCCCUCAAGAGGGAUAAGGAUGCACUCAAGGAGAAGGUGAACAGAUGGGGAGAUUAUGAGGAGGUGCGGAGAGAAUUGGAGAUUUUGAAGUCUAUUGAAUUCUCGACUGGAGACGGCGGAGAGGAUGAAGAUGAGGUGCUGGAUUUCUCAAGGACAGGGACGGCAGACAAUGGGAGCGCUAUGAACGGUGGUAAAGUUAAGAGUGAUAAGGAAGAAACCCUGGAGCAGCUUCUUCUAGCUCGUAAUAAAAAACUCGGAAGUGACCUAACUCUCCUCCGAGUCUCCCAUGACGAGCUCUCACAGCAACUCCGCACCCUCCAGCAGACUCUUGACUUGACUACUUCGGAGCUGUCUUCCUCCCGAGCUCUCAACCAAAAGCUCGAAGACGACCUGCUGAAAUUCCAACAAGAAACCCAACACUCCUCUGCCAUGUCCGUAGCGGGUAUCUACGCCUCCCGGCACCCCACCCAAUCCAUCGCCCAUGGUUCCCACACGGGUCGCACCCGGAUAUCUCCGGCCUCUUCGAUAAUCUCCGGUGCAAUCCCCCAUGCGUCCUCCUCCACUCAACUAUCACUCGAAUCCCUCCGCGCUGGGGAAACCCAAAAUGCUGGCAUCCUCCCCAUGGUCACGGCGCAGCGCGACCGCUUCAAGGCCAAAAACAUCCAACUGGAAGGCGACCUCUCGCGCGUGCGUACCACGGUCUCAAACCUCCGACAAGAGGUCGCCUCACUGCAAAGGGACAACCUGCAACUCUACGAGAAGACCCGCUACAUUCAAUCGUACCGCCAACCCCCAGCAUUAAGCACCACCAACACCGCCGCCAGCUCCGGGUUCGGCGCAAACAUGAACCCGUCCUCCACCCUCCACCCGUCCAAUGCCUCCUCGUCGGGCACCAUAGACAGGUACAGGCAAGCUUACGAGUCGAAUAUAUCCCCCUUCGAGGCUUUCCGCGGACGCGAGACAGCCAGGGCGUUUCACCGCAUGGGCAUGCUCGAGAGGAUGAUCUACUCGUUGACGAGGGUUGUUUUGGCAAACCGGCUGAGCAGGAAUUUGUUUGCCGGGUACUGUCUUGCGCUGCAUGUUCUUGUGUUCUGCGUCGUUUGGUAUUCGAUGAUUACUGGGGUGGAUAGGCGUGGUGCUGCUGGGAUGGCGGCUGCUGCGGGGGCUGCGGGGGCGGGGAUUAAUGUUGGUGGCGGCAAUGGGGGGCGUCGGGGCGGGGGCGUUUGACGACGUUGAGUAAGUUAGUAGAUGGGUAGUAGAUUUGAGAUGUGAGUGGCAAGGACGGGAGAGAUGGGGAAACGGAGGGUGGGGUUUCUUCUUUGCUAUAUUUUGCUAUACUUUGCUUUGUAUGUGUAUAAUGUCUUCAUCGGUAGCGGUGGCUUUGGGGUCGUUUCGUUCUUGUCCAUAGGGGUGGGCAAUUGACGUACCGUACUGUGAUCGCUGGAAAUGACUUCUUUAUUCCUUUUUUUUCUUAGGAGCACAAAGCAAAACACAACCAUUGUAGUGUAUUCAAUCCAUCAUGACGCUAUGGCAAUGAGAGGGUAUCUAAAUCACGAUAGAAAA